AUGACCGAUAAGCGCGAAGCUCUCCUGGGUUCCCAACUUGCUGACAUGCAGAACGAACAUCUUCAUGAUGAGAAAACCAGCCCACUUGAAGGUGUCAAAGAGUUGUCUACCGAGCAUGGUACAUAUGUCCUUGAGGUCGGCAAUUCCGAAGGGGCUAAAGUUGCUGGCCACCUGGAGCUUGGAACCUCUGAGGAGGAAGCCGAACGGCUUGAAGCUAUCUACAACACGAUGACCCUCGAACGGACUAUGAAGAUCAUUCGAGAGCUGGUGCAGAUGCACCGGGAUGAUCCAAACUUUUCUGGCGCAUUGCUCGAGGACAUGAACAGCUUUGUCAACAACCCUGACAUCAUUGCUUCCCCAGACAAGCAUACUCAAGUCAUCACAGCUAUGAAGAUGGAAGCUGUACUGGCCACCGAGAACUCGCCUUACGUCGAGGUCCGUGCCAACGUCGACCCUACUGACGAUCCUGAUAUGCCCGCUUCGACCAUCAGGGCAUGGGCGAUCGGCGUAGUCUUCUGCAUCAUUGGGUCAUUUAUCGACAAUCUCUUCGCUUUCAGGAACCCUGCUAUCUCUAUCGGUACUAAUGUCGCUCAACUGGUUGCGUACCCUCUGGGUGUAUUCCUCGCUCGUGUCUUGCCUGACUGGGGUUUCACUCUCUUUGGCAGUAGACACAGCCUUAACAACGGCCCUUUCAAUCGCAAAGAACAUAUGUUAAUUUCGAUCAUGGCCAACAUCUCAUUCACGGCUCCGUACACCUACUACAUCAUCCCCGUGCAAGCGAUGCCCCAGUACUUCAACCAAUCCUUCGCCUAUAACCGAGGCUACCAGAUCCUCCUCUCUCUGGCGGUCAACAUGUUCGGUUACGGUCUUGCGGGUCUACUUCGUCGAUUCCUCGUCUACCCAUCUGUCGCUAUCUGGCCAGCAACUCUCAACACGGUUGCUUUGGUCAAGGCUUUCCAUCAGCAAAACAAUGAGGCUGUUCCGGGCCCUUUUGGGCGAGUCUACCGCGCUUCUAGAGAGAAGAUAUUUUUGGUAGCCAUGGGCUGCAUGUUUAUCUACUUUUUCUUCCCGUCUUACAUCUUCCAAGCAUUAUCAUCCUUCUCGUGGAUGACAUGGAUCGCACCCGAUAACGUCAAGCUUGAUGCGGUCACUGGAAUCUGGGGAGGCCUCGGUUUAAAUCCCUGGCCGACUUUCGAUUGGAAUAUGUUCGGUGGUGCCGGUUUGUAUCUACCCACAUUUGCUGUUGCCAAUCAAGUCGUUGGUAUCAUCAUUGGGGCUUUCAUGAUCCUCGCCAUAUGGUUCACCAAUACCUGGAAUACCGGAUUCCUUCCCAUCAACUCCAACGCCACGUUCGACAACACAGGUGCUAGCUACAAUGUCACGUCCGUGCUCAAUCCUGCCACUGGUAAGCUCGACGAAACCCUUUAUCGAUCCUACAGUCAACCUUUCUUCAGUGCGGGUUAUAUUGUCUAUAACAUCUGGGCCUUUGCAUCGUACACUGCGUCGUUCAGCUAUGUGUUCCUUUUCUACCGACGUGACAUCAUACGGGGUUUCAAAGGUGUGUACAGACGACUCUUCAAGAAGGUCGAUGACGAGGACCUCGAGGAGGACAUCCACUAUAGGUUGAUGAAGCGAUACAAGGAAGUCCCCGAUUGGCAUUACGCUGUCCUGCUCGUUCUACCCAUUGCUUUCGGAUGCGCUGCAGUGGCCGGUUGGCCCACUCACGCCCCUGUGGCGGCUCUAUUCUACGGUCUGAUCCUACCUAUAAUCUUCAUCUUGCCCCUCGGGAUCAUCCAAGCGGUGACGGGUAUACCAGUUGCCCUGAACAUUCUUGCCAACAUCAUCGGUGGAUCCAUCACAGCCGGUGAAGGAAAUUCUCUCAUGUACUUCAAGUCUUGGGGUUACCUCUCAUCUUGGCAAGCGCUGAGUUUCUGUAAUGAUCUCAAACUUGCUCAUUACCUCAAGAUUCCACCUCGGAUCACGUUUUGUGCCCAAAUCGUCGCCACGGUUAUUUACUCCAUCGUUUCAUCUCUGCAAUACAACUUCAUAAUGAACAUCAAAGAUGUGUGUACUUCUGACGCCGCUUUCCGGUUCACGUGUCCUGCGCAAACCAGUUUCUACACCUCGAUCAUCUUCUGGGGUAUCAUCAGCCCAAAAAAGCUUUUCGGCAAGGGUCAACAGUACAAUAUGAUGUUACUCGGUUUCCCCCUCGGUCUGAUCAUGGUUGGGAUCUAUUGGGCUCUUCGACGAAAAUACCCCAGAUCCUCCUUCCUGAGGCAGGUCCAUCCAGUCAUGAUCUGUAUGGGGCCCGUCAACGUGGCCGCUCCUUACAAUUUGGCCUACUACCUCGGAAACCUUUAUGUCAACCUCAUCUCUUUCCAGUACAUUCGAAAGAAAUACCUGGCUUUUUGGUCCAAGUGGAAUUACGUAGUUGGCGCCGGCUUCUCCACUGGUAUCGCUCUCUCUGGUCUGUUCAUCUUCUUCGCUCUUCAAAUCCCCAAAGGUGGCACAUUGUCCAUAGACUGGUGGGGAAACAACGUUGUCAACUUGGGAUGUGAAGGCCAAGGUGGAUGCCCCAGGCUCGACAUCCCCGAAGUUGGGUACUUUGGACCUGCACCCGGUACAUAUCUGUAA